AUCCCUAUUUUUUUAUUAUGUGCUCAUCCAAGAUGGCAGCGAUCAUGCAAAACCAUGCGUGCAGUUUCCGUCUAUAAUUUUCAUGGUUUUGUUGAACAUUUCGACGUUGUGAAGCUUAGCAGAGCAGAUUCACAUACCAAUAUACAAAAGUGACAGGCAGCCCCAACAGUUACAGGUCAACUCAGAUUUUGAGAACACUCCUCCAAGAUGCGUCGGCUGAAGUUCCAUGAGAAGAAGCUCCUGAAGAAGGUUGACUUCAUCUCCUGGGACGUGGACAACAACCUUCAGGAGGUCAAGGUCAUGAGGAAGUACCACAUCAACAGGAGGGAGGAGUAUACCAAGUAUAACAAACUUAGCCGAGAAGUCAGAGUUCUGGUGGAAAAAAUAAAGGAGUUGGAUGUACAGGAUCCGUUCCGUACGGAGUGUAGCGAGCGCCUGUUGGAGAAGAUGUAUGUUCUCGGGCUGAUCCCCACCAAGAGGAACCUGGGUAACGUGACCAAGGUGUCAGCCUCCAGCUUCUGUAGAAGAAGACUUCCUGUCAUCAUGGUCAAACUACGGAUGGCUCAGACUUUACAGAUGGCUACACAGUUUAUAGAACAGGGGCACGUUCGCGUGGGCCCGGAGCUGAUCACUGACCCCGCCUUCCUGGUCACGCGCAACAUGGAGGACUUCGUGACGUGGGUGGACACGUCCAAGAUACGACAGCACCUCAUGGAGUAUAACGAGGCGCGGGAUGACUACGAUUUAGCGUAAUCUACAACCGCGACAGACUUCUCUUCUUUUUAUAACUCCAUUUAUUUCCACUCUCAGUCUGGCAUUUUAUUUCCACAGUAGGGUUAGAAAGGAGGUAUUUUAUUUACAUUCAUGGUCAAAUACUGUAACACAAAACACAGGUUUCAUGAUUUUGUGGUGAAAUGACACCAAGAAAACUGUGAAAUUAAAAUUGCAGCAAAUAUUUCAAGAUUUACAGUACAGUGACUUAUUUUACAUGUUUUGUAUGGAAGCUGCCAAGUAACAUAUUGUCAUAUAGUAAAAACUAUAAAGUCAAACCUGUACAAAGCCAGUAUCACACAGUAGGCAGAUAACUGGUCUGAGAUUUACAUGUCUAACAAAAAGGAAUAUCAUGUAUCAUAUGAACGCUGUUCGAAGAAGUUUCUUUGUCAUUCUAGCUGAUUAGAUUGUUCUGCAAGUACACAAUGUGUACGACAUUUACAGUAGGAUAUUUGACAACGUGAUAUUCCUGUAAAUACCAAUUAUGUAACAUUGCCAUUUCUAGAGAAAGGGCUAUAUUGUGUACCUCCAUGGUUUACAUCAUUCAGAAUAAACAAAACACAAAAAGUUUGGAAA